GCUGCGCAGUCGGGUGGAGGUCGCCGAAUCGGGGACGGCGCCGGGAGGGUUCGCCGGUGGCCCUUCCGCAGCUGCCGCUCCGCCCGCUCCCCCGGCGUCCCUCUCGGCCCACGCCUCUGCCAGUGGCGGGCUGCCGGCUCCGCGUCCCGCCUCUGCGCCCGGAGGACAUGCAGAAGAGAGGAUGAGCCAGAGGGACACGCUGGUGCAUCUGUUUGCCGGGGGAUGUGGUGGCACAGUGGGAGCUAUUCUAACAUGUCCACUGGAAGUUGUCAAAACGCGGUUACAGUCAUCCUCUGUGGCACUCUACGUCUCUGAAGUUCAGCUGAACACCAUGACCGGAGCCAGUGUCAACCGAGUAGUGUCCCCUGGGCCUCUGCACUGCCUGAAAGUUAUCCUGGAAAAAGAGGGUCCUCGCUCAUUGUUUAGAGGAUUAGGCCCCAACUUAGUGGGGGUGGCACCCUCCAGAGCAAUAUACUUUGCUGCUUAUUCAAACUGCAAGGAAAAGUUGAAUGGUGUUUUUGAUCCUGAUUCUACCCAAGUACACAUGAUUUCAGCUGCAAUGGCAGGUUUUACUGCAAUCACUGCAACAAACCCCAUUUGGCUUAUAAAGACCAGGUUACAGCUUGAUGCAAGGAAUCGUGGGGAAAAGCGAAUGGGUGCGUUUGAAUGUGUUCGUAAAGUAUAUCAAACAGAUGGACUGAGAGGAUUUUAUAGAGGCAUGUCUGCCUCCUAUGCCGGCAUAUCAGAGACAGUUAUCCAUUUUGUUAUUUAUGAAAGUAUAAAGCAAAAACUGCUGGAGUGUAAGACUGCUUCCAUGAUGGAAAGUGAUGAAGAGUCUGUGAAAGAAGCAUCGGAUUUUGUGAGAAUGAUGCUAGCUGCUGCCACCUCAAAAACUUGUGCCACAACCAUAGCGUAUCCACACGAAGUUGUAAGAACACGACUACGAGAAGAAGGAACAAAAUACAGAUCUUUUUUUCAGACACUGUCUUUGAUUGUUCAAGAAGAAGGUUAUGGGUCUCUUUACCGUGGCCUAACAACUCAUCUGGUGAGACAAAUUCCAAACACAGCCAUUAUGAUGGCCACCUAUGAAUUGGUGGUCUAUCUACUUAAUGGAUAGCAGCGUGGCCUGUCAUGCUACAAAGCAGGAAGACCAAAAGAUCACAGUGGACCAUGGAAUCUUGAAGCCAGCAUGGUGGACAGAAGACAGUAAUCUGGAAGCAUAUAACUACUAUGGCUGAGUGGAAGUUUGGCUGUAGGAAGUAAAGUACCACACUACAUUAGUCUUUCAGUGAACAGGCCCUGGGCCACCACUAAGAGAAUGCUUCGAAAAGCAUUCGUUUCUUAAAAUUGCCAUUUUCUCUACCAUUGUUCACAGCUAUGGGGUUUUUUUUAAAUUGAUUUAUGACAUUCAGAAUGUAGUGUUAAUUGCAUUCUUUCAGUCUUCUAAACAGUCAUCUCUAAGUAAUUAUCCAAAGAUAGUGGUGACAAUUGCAAAUGUCUAACUUGACAUCUUCUGUAAUACUGUAAAAUAAUGAUAGAUAGAUCCUUAAUGCGAUUUUCCUGAGAGGGCCCUGCUUGGUACAGUGUUCUAAAAUCAUUUGGCAUCAGUAGUCACUGUAUUUGACAACCAGUGAAAUGGUAUCUAAAUACCUUACUUUCAGCAUUAGAAUGUUUUGAUCACAACUGAUAUAUUUAUUACAAUGUGGACUUUUAUCAUAUCAGAUGUGCAUGGUUAAUGUGGGGGCUAUAAAAUAAGCUAGUGGAUGCCAACUCAGUGACUUUAUGACAAGUGCUUCAUCACAUCUUCUCCAAUUACAUAAUGCAUGAAUGAGGCAUAUGUGAUUAUCAUAUUCUCAUAUCCACAUGUUAUUUACAAAAGUAAAGAAGUUAAUGACUUUUGAGUCUGUUCUUCUUACUUUUACAGUAAGAAUUUUAAUCUCUAAAUUAUUUCCACAUUUGUAUAGAUCAUUCUUGGUUGAUAGAGAAAAUGGUAAUUUUUCACUUUUGCCCAUGAAGUGAUGCUAAUGUUUAGGACAAGAUAAAUAUUACAAAAAGAGGUCUUCAGCUAUGUGACAGCAACCGCAGUCGACCAGGAGUUUGUCCAUCAGUGUGCUGCACUGGACAGAUUUUCUGUCCUAAUUUUCUGAAUGUUCUAUCAUAAAGUCAGGCGAAUUUCAGUUCAAUGUGUUAACAAGAUAUAGUUUUUAAAUUUUGCUAUUGAGUCAGCGACACCUUUUAACACUUUAAUUGUAUUAUAUAAGGCCAUUAUAAAGGUGUUUGCUGUAAUACUAUAGAUUUUCCAAUGGAUGUUGCUAUAUUGGUAUAUAAAUAAAACUUCUACAAUUAAACUCCACUGUGGUACUCAUCGGUGUACCCUAACCUUACAUUUUGUGCAAUGGCUUUCUCUUCAGAAUGACUAUGUGAAUGCACUUUGUGGCCUUUUAAGGGGGUAAGAAUUUGUGUUAAUUUUUUAAAAUAUUGUUAGGUAUUAGGCAGAAGCAGUGUUCAUAAUAUUUUUUUGGAUUUUUAGACAUGUUUUGGAUAUAUUUUGGAGAUCUUCCAGUGUUCUAAGUGUGCCGUGUACUGUGUAAUGCCACAAUAUGGAGAAAAGCUGCAUGCCAUUGAAAGCUUUCGCUGCUGUCAUCAAUGAAGUUUAACACCCUCUUAAAUUUCUCACCUUGACUUCCUUGUAACCCAUAACUGGAUGUUCUUGAGGUGCUCAUUUGGAAUUAAAAAUAUUCCAAUCUAUUUGGAGACCAAAGGCGAGUUCAGAUUGUUACCUUUGGAAUUCUUGCAGCUUUGACAUUUAUUACAUGGAACAUACCAAAAAUAAAUUCUCACCUGGGGUUUAGCUUAAAUCUGUAGAGAAGGUCUCAGGCUAUAGUGUUUGCCUCUUCAGGUGCCAUUGAUACUGCCUGAUACAGUGCCAUUUGCUCUGUGAAGAUCCAGAACUCUUAGUUGUGUUGAAUGUAGGACAUGUUCUCCUGUGUUACACAGAUCUCAAAUGAUGAAGAAUGACAAGAAAACCAGCAGCUAAGGAACAGCCUGUGUAGUGUAGCAGAUCCAUAAUAAGUGUCCUUCAAGGAUGAAUAUGUGUUCUGUGUUUCCUAAGAAAAACUUUCCAUUUGCCUCUAGUGCGCUGUACUCGGUGUUUAAAGAGUUAGUGUGUGUUCUGCAAGAAAGGGGUUUAAAGUCUUAGUAUUUACUUUGAAAGCAGUCAUUGGAAAGGAGCAAUGAGGUCUGUUUUCUCUUUCCCCUGAGUACUGUCUGCCAUAGUUUAUGACAGAGAUAAUUAAAAAACAUAUGUGUAUUAUAUAUAGUUUGUCUCUUUAAAGAUUUUCUUAAAUCCAUUGUAAUGUUGAAAAGCUGUGUAUACUCAGAGCAUUGGGUUUUUUAAAAUUGUUUUCUUUUUUUUUAUUUUUUUUAUUUUAUUUUAUUUUUUUUAAAUUGUUUUCAAUCAGAUAAUCUUGUUAAAAAUGUUUUAGAGAGCUAGAGUGGACCUUUUUGUAUACUUUUGUUGUGGCCCUCUCAGAAAAUUGAACUUAUUCAGACAAGCUAGAGCAGUAGCUACUGGAAGCAAACCCUCACCCAUCAGGGACUCUGCUGUGGCUCAAAGACUUGAAAUUUGGGUAUUCCAGUUGGUGAACCGUGGAGUCUAGUGGGAUACCAUAUAGUGCUUUAAAUUCCCAGGGAAUGCUCUACUACCAAACUUUGUUUUUGUUUUAUGAUAGGAUCUCUUAUUACCCAAGAUAACCUUGAACCCCGAAUUUUUCUGCCUCUGCCUACUAAGUGCUGGUAUUACAGACCCCACCAUACCCACCAGCUCAGUCCCAGUUCUCAUUAUAUGACUGUAGAACCUGCCUGACUCACUAGAGGGAGCUCAGCUGGCUUAGAAUUCUGAAACUAUGACAACAUCCUUAGGUCAUUUAGCCCAGCCAUGUCUCCUAACCCUGGAUGUCUGCUGUGUGUUAGCUUUGUUAGGAUGAGCGCAGUUUGGGGUGUUCAAAAGAAAAAAAAAUGUAUUUAAAGUAGCUUUUUAAAAUCACCGUGAAAUAGUGAUUUCAAUUUGAAGAACUUAAGUGGUAGGAAUUAAUCUCCCCUUUCUCUAAGGACCUGCUUUGUAUCUCUGUUUACAUGCUCUUCUGCAAACUGCUCGUGUUAUAGGGACCCCUGUAGGGCUGAGACAUAGCUCAUUUGUCCUCACUGAUCAUGACUUAACAUUCCUAAGAAGACGGGUGUCUGCUAACAGGACCGCAUUUACCUUAUGAAAUAGAGUGCUUUCUGCCCUCAUGUACCUUUUCUAACAUUGUUUCUCCUUGACUCUACCUUGGUUAUUAUGCUGCCCAUUUUAGAAACUAAAAAGUUCUGCUCAGUUAUGUUAAACUUUUUUGACUGUACCCCAGUGGAUGUGAAUUAAAUUAUACCAAUCACUCAUAGUUCAGCCAGCUUUAAAAGAGCUGAUGAGUUUUGCCCAUUUAUAUGAGUGUUGCUAUUGCAUUUUUGUACAUGGCUGCAGAUUAUGUGCAUUUAUUCUGUAUGUUAACUAGCUGACUUGUACUUGAAUUAAAAUUCAGGAAAUUAAAAUGCUUUUGAAAAUGUGGU